UGCACGUUUCAGGUUGGGUUCUCGGGUCAUCAUUUCACAUGAUACAAUCUCAUAGGAAAUUCAGUGCACCCCGUCAUGGGUCGAUGGGCUUCUACCCUAAGAAGAGGUCCAGGCGUCAUCGUGGUAAGGUGAAGGCCUUCCCCAAGGACGACCCCAAGAAACCUGUCCAUCUAACAGCUUUUCUCGGCUACAAGGCUGGUAUGACACACGUAGUGAGGGAGGCAGACAGACCUGGUUCAAAGAUAAACAAGAAAGAAAUUGUGGAGGCUGUGACCAUCUUGGAGACUCCUCCCAUGGUGAUUGUGGGUGUCAUCGGCUACAUUGAGACACCCCAUGGCAUGCGCUCACUGGUCACUGUGUGGGCUGAACAUCUGUCCGAGGAUUGCCGUAGACGCUACUACAAGAACUGGUACAAGAGCAAGAAGAAGGCGUUCACCAAAGCUUCCAAGAAGUGGCAAGACCCUCUCGGGCUGAAGACCAUCGAGCAGGACUUCAAGAAAAUGAUCAAGUACUGCAAAGUCAUCCGAGUCAUUGCUCACACUCAGAUGAAGCUGCUGAAGAAGAGGCAGAAGAAGGCGCACAUUAUGGAGAUCCAAGUGAACGGAGGUACAGUGGAGGACAAGGUGAAGUGGGCGAGGGAACACCUAGAGAAGCCUGUACCUGUGUCUAGCGUGUUUGCGCCUGACGAGAUGAUUGACUUGAUCGGAGUCACCAAGGGACAUGGAUACAAGGGUGUGACUUCCCGUUGGCACACUAAGAAACUGCCUCGCAAGACACACAAGGGUCUGCGUAAAGUGGCGUGUAUUGGAGCUUGGCAUCCAAGUCGAGUUCAGUUCACGGUCGCCCGCGCUGGUCAGAAGGGCUAUCACCACCGAACAGAGAUCAACAAGAAGAUCUACCGUAUUGGCCAGGGCAUCCACACUAAGGACGGCAAGGUUAUUAAGAACAAUGCCUCUACAGAGUACGAUCUGUCGGAGAAAACCAUCACACCAAUGGGAGGCUUCCCUCACUACGGAGAGGUGAACAAUGACUUUGUCAUGAUGAGGGGAUGCUGUGUCGGUCCCAAGAAGAGGGUCAUCACCAUGAGAAAGUCGCUGCUUGUCCAUACCAAGAGGGUGGCUCUGGAGAAGAUCAACCUUAAGUUCAUCGACACAUCCUCCAAGUUCGGUCACGGAAGAUUCCAGACAGCCGCAGACAAGGCUGCCUUCAUGGGACAACUCAAGAAAGACAGGAUCAAGGAAGAAGCUGCUUAGUUUUAAUCUUGUUUUUAUUGAGUUGAUAAUAAAAUUUUAAAAGGAAA